UCUACUUAAUCCAACGGCUAAGAAAUGCUUCGCACGGUGGGGAUAUGUUGAGCCUAUAAUCCGUCUUGAAGAAGUCUUUUCUCUCUGGCGGAACCCUAGAAGCUUCUUCCGCUGCACUCCCUCCCGAGAACGAGAGUGAGAGCGACACACAGAGCGCAGAGAAGAGGGUUUGUGUUCCGAUUGAAUGGCGAGCGAAAAGGAAAACGGGGAAUUCUACCUGCGUUACUACGUUGGGCACAAGGGGAAGUUCGGGCACGAGUUCUUAGAGUUUGAGUUUAGACCCGACGGAAAACUCCGUUACGCGAACAACUCCAACUACAAAAACGACACCAUCAUUCGCAAGGAGGUUUACCUCACCCCCGCCGUUCUCCGCGAGUGCCGCCGUAUCAUUGCCGAGAGCGAGAUUAUGAAGGAAGAUGAUAACAACUGGCCAGAACCUGAUAGAGUGGGGAGGCAGGAGCUGGAGAUUGUAAUGGGGAACGAGCACAUAUCCUUCACCACCUCCAAGAUUGGCUCUCUAUUUUAUGUUCAGAGUAGCGCUGAUCCUGAAGGGCUUCAGAUCUUUUAUUAUCUUGUUCAGGUGAGUGGGAUUGUGAUUUGCAUCUAUAAUCAUGGCUGUGAACUGUUUUUUGAAACAUUCACAGCAUUCUUGGGCAUUCUUGGGACACGCUCCUAUGGUUCAUUUCUGUUGGUGUUAAGAUUUGAAGUGCUUUGUCUUCUCUCUGAUUUCACUUGACUUCAAGAUCAAGCCUAUAUAAGAUGUGUUUGCAAUAUUAUGCGUUCAUCCCUCGGGAUUGUGUACUUGUUCAUCAGCUACUCCUUUUGCUAAUUGGCUUCAACGUCUGAUAACUUGUGUUUUGGUUCUGUAUUGCUGGUUACACACUUUCACAACCCUUUUUGCGACGUUGAUGCUUUUGUUAAAAGUUUGCUUUUUAAGUGUUUGAUUUAUUAACAAUGUAUGAUAUUGUUAAUGAAAUGUGUAAUUGUUUUAAUUUUUACUUGGA